AUGAUGUCUUGUGGCUUAAGCAAGAGCCUUGGCUUCACUUCCUCGUUUAAGAAGCAGCAGGGCAUAGUGACGAUCCUUGGUGGAGGGGAGUGUGACAUUACGUCGAACACUUCAUCUGCACCUUCACUCAGAAGGACCUUCUCUGCUGAUUUGUCCUCCAAGAAUUGGCUCUCGCAGAAUGGGUCUUCUCCUAUGAAGAGGAUCUCUUCCUCGGAGAAGCUCCGUGCCUUUGGUGCUGCUGACUCAUUGAGCUCCGACGAUGAGGAAGAAGAGGAAGGAUUAAGAUCCGGGUUCGAUAUUUGGGCUCAGAUUCAAAAAGACAAGAACAAGAAGGACGAGGAGAUCGAGCCGGGCCAAUCCGAUGUAUGGAGUUCGAUUUUGUCGGACAAGAAGAAGGCGGAAUCGAGCAAGGACACGGUUCCUCCACCGUACGUUCAUCCUCUGGUGAAACGAGCGAGCUCCUUGAGCGAGAAAAGCCUCGAGAUUUGCACCGAGAGUCUCGGAUCCGAGACGGGUUGCGAAGGAUUCUCUUCGCAUGCAUCGUCGGAGACUGGAGAUGCUGAGAUCGAGAAGGAAAUUAGCAACCAGGUGGAGGAGAAUCUCGUUCUCAACGUGGCAGUGACCAAGGAGGAAGAAGAAACAGAGGCUGAGGCAGAGGUUGGGCAAGAACCAAUCACGGUUCCAAUUCACGCAACCUGCGUCGAGAUGCCUCGAGGAUCUUUUCCUCCUCCGAUUCGUUCUCUCUCGAGCCAGUCGGGUUCGUCUCUGCACAUGAAAACUCGCCGCGACAACGGCCGAUUGGUUCUCGAGGCUGUCUCUAUGCCGUCGCACAACAACUUCGCCGCCAAGCGCCAAAACGGACGCCUCCUUCUGACUUUUGCAGAAAUCAGCAACGAACCCAUUGACGAAAUUGACGUCGAAGAAGAUGAGAUUGAUUCGGAGGUUCAGUGGUUCGAUGAGGAGGAGGAAGAGGAGGAAGAGGAGGCCCAACUGCAAGACGAGUUUGCUUUCAAGCCCAAUGGACUUCUGUAUAAGCUGGCUCAGAAGCCCAUUGGGCCAAUAACUGUUCAUAGGUUGGCACAUAAACCCAUUGGGGUACCAAAGAGAAACUCGAGAUGGCCCGCGACAGAUGAAUUUGAGACCAAAUCGGAGAUCUCGACGCCGGUAGUUCACUCUCUUCCACCAAGGCCACGGGCGGCUCAGCUUGUUCGGUCAACGAAACAACUGUCUACGGUGGAUGACACCGUAGGAGCCGCUUGCUUCAACACAUGUGACUAUUACUGGAAGCCCACUAACACUGAAGGUUUGGGCCUAAACGCAAAAACUCAAUUCCAAACCCAAAACUUAGUCCACAAAUCAGUCGGCAUUGGGCAUGAUGGUUGGAUAAAUGGCUGCAAGGAACGAAGGAGGUCUCUUUUGUCCGUUGAGCCUUUCUGCAUUGCCACUUCAUAA